AUGAUGCACCGCAUUCAAGUUCGCAAUCCUUUACCGGCACCUGCCACCCAGCCCACUCAGCCGCGUCGCGUCAAGGGCAUUUUACUACCGGCUGAUCAAAGGGAGUGCCCUCCUGCCACUCACCCCAGCUAUAACGCCAGUUCAGGUCGUCACGGUCCGAUUAUGUCUCUCGUUGAAAUCAUGACCAGUCCAUUCGCCUUUUCGACCGAGUCAGGGCCACGAAUACCUCAUCCUGAGGUAUAUAUGGAUUUAAUUGCUCCAACAACUAUUGGCGGCAAGUCCUGGGACUACAUCAUUAUCGACUCUCUAGACGGCCUCGACAAGCAAUUAAGUCAACCCUACAUUCUCUUUUAUCCCCUCGGGUCCCAAGAUGGCUCUGCCUUUGCUGUCAACGCUAAUAUCCGUACCAUUCAAGGCUCGCAUUUCAAGGCUCAUGCUGCCUGGCGAGGUCUAGCUCUGACUUGGGAUGACCAUAUCUGA